AUGGCUGAAUAUGAGACCUAUAUUCUAGGCCUCAGAAUGGCACUGGAUAUGGACAUCGAUGAACUGCUGGUCAUUGGAGAUUCCGACCUACUAAUUCACCAAGUACAAGGCAAAUGGGACACCAAAAAUGAAAAAAUCUUGACAUACGUGAACUUGGCACAAAGACUGUGCAAGAAAUUCAGAAAGAUUGAGUUCCGACAUACUCCAAGAGCUCAGAACGAGUUUGCUAACACGCUUGCCACAAUAACGUCAAUGAUCCAACAUCCUGAAAGUAGUCACAUUGACCCACUAAAAAUAAGCUUAAAAGAAGAGCAUGCCCAUUAUUUCCACGUAGAAGCAGAGCCAGAUGGAAAGCCGUGGUACAAUGACAUACUUAGAGAAAUGGGAAUACCCCGAAGGAGUCACAAGUGGACAAAAGAAGACCAUCAGAAGAAUGGUAAAUGGUUUCUUCCUUAA